UUAACUUUUUAUAGGCUUUAUUGUAGCAAGUGGCUUGCUAAGGUAUAAAUGUUUUUUUGUAACUUUGUUAGCUGAACUGUUCAACAAUUUGGACGAAAAUUCCAAUCUUAUUUGUUUGUCGGUCAAACCUAUCGCUUUCAAGACCAAAGUCCAAAGGUUAAUUGCCAACAUAACAAAGAGUAAGACGCAAGAAUACUAGAGAUUUUGGGUUCUUAUUUGUAUUUAUUUUCCUUGUAUGGAUGAAGUAAUUGCUUACAAUCUAAGAGCUCGUUGAUUUAAUAGAUUAAAAGUAGUUGAUAAGGAUCAAAUGUUAAUACUUCAUGUGAUAGUAAUUAUUCAUUUGAAUACAAAUGCUGAAACUAUUGUGAAGAUCUUGAAAUGCCAACGCAGGUUCUGGAGGUUGAUGCUAAGAUGGUCACUCAACUACUAACAGUCAUCAUCUCAGAAAGUCACCUUUCUUCUCAAAACCUCGCUCAAGAGUUUUGACAUAGAUGCUGUGAAUGUCAAAUGCUUGUAGUGUACUAGAGUAUAUUGUUACCAUUCUGUUUUAUUUCUUAAUUUUGGUGACGGCCUUUGGAUUAAAGAAUUUUGGUUAGUAAGUUAGUGUGGAUAACCAAAUAGAGGGAGCGCUAAGAGUUUGUUUUCCUCUUCGAUUUGUAAACAAUUACAUGAAAUGGAAAAGGUUACUCUAUACAUUUGUGCACACAGGAAUACUAUACUAUCAUUACAGGAGAUGCAUGGGAAAAAAGUGUGUUUACUAAAUAUGCACACACCAUUGGAGGUAGACGAUUGUUGAAAAAGUCAUGGUACAGUGUGUAGAGGAAACAAAUGUAAACUCUGAGCCUUUUUGGAUUUGGAUUGCAAAUAGAAGUUAAGGAAUCAACAUACUCUUCUUAAUUACUAUAUAUAAUAACUACUACUACUUAAUUAAAAUGCACCACCUUGACUAGAGUUUACACCAAAGACCAUUUCUUCAUUCUUCACGCGUACUCUCUGGAGAACUCUAUUUAGACAAAUAAGUAACUAGCCAAAAAGACUUUUAUCUUAAACUUUUCACCAUGGCAAAACCUACAAUAUUUUUGCACGUCACACAUCUUUUUCUUUCAUUUUCAGGGGUACUUCACAAUGUUACUGCAGUAGCAGUAGUUGAAGAUGAUAUUAGGUGUUUACAGGGACUAAAGAACUCGUUAACGGAUCCUAAUGGAUAUUUGAAUUCGUGGAACUUCUUAAACUACUCGACAGGUUUAUCUGUAAGUUCGUUGGUGUCAAUUGCUGGAACGACCGCGAGAACCGGGUUCUUGGCCUCACACUUCCAAGCAUGGAUCUCAGUGGACAGCUCCCAGAUGCCUUAAAAUAUUGUUCUUAUGUCACUACCCUUGAUCUCUCUGGUAACAGGUUCUCCGGUCCCAUUCCCUCGGAAAUUUGUAGUUGGAUUCCUUUUUUAGUAUCUCUCGACUUGUCCAACAACAGGUUUUCCGGCUCUAUACCUGCUGAACUUGGAAACUGCACCUACCUGAACAAGUUAAUGCUCAAUAACAACAAACUCUCUGGAAAUAUUCCACCAGCAAUCUCUUGUUUAAGAAGGCUCAAGGUGCUCUCCUUGGCUAACAAUAAUCUCUCUGGUAGCAUACCACCAUUUUCGGGAUUGUCUGACUUUGAAUUUAGAGGAAACAGACAUUUAUGUGGUGGGCCAUUAGCCAAAUGUGGUUGAAGAUGGUAAUGUUGAAUAUUUCUCCGAAGUGUUGAACAAUUCAGCUAGUACAGUUGUAAAAAAUAUUUAUAUAUUGCGCUUAUGAAUUUGACCAGAGAAAUGUCAUCUGGAAAUUAACUAAUCCCACCAAGCCACUUGCUAUAAUAAAUGCUAUAAAAGUAAAGUAGCCAAGAAAUCCAAACUCCAAAGAGGUGUAAGAAAUGAGUGGUGAAGCAACAUCUCUGGUGGAUCUUCCAUCCCCAAUCUUGUUGGACAUUUUCUCGAGAUUACCCCCCACCACUCUCUUAUAUGUCAAAAGCGUCUGCAAAACUUUUCAAGAAUUAACCUUAGAGUCCGAAUUUUCAAAUUUAUUACACUCAACAUCUCCAGCCGGCAUCAUCAUCAACCAAUUCGUGGAUACCACUGAAGAUAACACUUUAAAGUUCUUGAAAUUCGUUGAUAACACUGAAGAUCAGGGUACUUGUUCAUAUUGCCACGAUCCAAAUGUUGACCUUGAUCUUCAACUUUACUUUCCUGUUUCUCCGUUUGAGCUGGUCAGAUCAGUUCAUGGUUUCGUUUGUUUUAAUUACUUCCUUGAUUAUGUUGAUACUAUUUACAUCCUCAAUCCGAGAACCAGAGAGUAUAUUCUCCUUCCAGAGGCAGAAGGGUCUAGAGAAUGGCCCAAUGAUGUCACUUAUGGCUUCGGUUUCAAUCCUGUUACAUUCGAAUACAAAGUGGUUAGAAUUUACCAAGAGGAAAUUUUUGAUGAUGAUACUAGUUAUUACAAGUCUGAAGGUCAAGUCUACACAAUUGGCAAAGGGCAUUGGAGAAGUGCAGGACAUGUCAUGUUCUCUUUCAUGCCAUAUGGGGUGAACCUCUACGUAAAGAUUCAUUGGUUGGUUUAUGAUGCUAAUGGAAAUGAGUUGAUAUGUUCGUUUAAUUUGGAGAAUGAAUUGUUUGAAUCAUUCCCCACGGCUCCAGUGUACACUGAGGAAAGGUAUCGAAAUUUGCGAAGUUUGGGAGUUUUUGGACGUAGUCUUUGCGUGUGUGAUAAUUAUGCAGAUACUCAUUUUGAGGUAUGGGUUAUGAAAGAUUACGGAGUUUCUAGUUCAUGGGUUAAAGAGAUUGUCAUAAACAUUUCUCCAGAAUGCAACAAUUGGUUGGGCAAUGAAAUGAUUUAUUUGUUGAAAGUGUUGGAAGAUGGAGAGGUGUUGUUCUUGUGGCGCGACUGGCGUGAUGAUUUCUUGUUCUUGCACCAUCCUGUGAAGAAUAUUUCGGAAAAGCUUGAUGUAUGUGGAGGGAACAUCUUAGCAUGUAUCCAUGUAUCAAGCUCCUUCUCUCUCAAGAGCUUUGAAGCAGAGGUUGUAAAUAUCUUUUAGAAUGUCAAAUGCAUGUAUUGUACUAAAGUAUAUUCUUACCAUUCUGUUUUAUUUCUUAAUUUUGGUGACUGCCUCUGGAUUAAAGAAUCUUGGUUAGUAAGUUUCUCUUUAGAAAAUGUUUACA